CCGCGCUAGCCGCAGAUCCACUCUCACGUGCAACCGUGCCGGCUGAUCGCCGCGCCGCCAACACCAAAACAAACCCGAAUUCACGAAAGCUCACCUACGCUCGAGAACACUACUUCCCCACCUAGACGGAGGGACACCCUGCAAUUAAGUCCUCAAACACAUAGCGGACGCGUUCACUCUCCACAUAACCCUCGCCUAUCCACACCUUUGCAUUCCUCCACCGCAAUGGCGUCCGAACACCGCAAAAUCGACCUCCAAUCACCCGCAGACCUAACGCACAUCGAAUCACAAAUCCGCCACGCCGCGACCCAGAAACUGAACCUACACCUCCCGCACGUCUCCGGCCACGAAGAAGACGAACUACGCCAGAAAACGGAGGCACUGGUCAACGCCUUCGUCGCGCAGGUACUCGCGGGCUUGCGCAAGAACGUCGCGAUCAAUGGGAUGGAGGUGGAAGGCGAGGUUGGAGGCGAAAGCGAGGAUGUCGUGUUGAAGGAGGAGUUCGAGCCCUUUGAUGAGGGGUUACGGGCGAGGUUGGCGAGAUUGCAUGAUCGGCGGGAUAGGCUUGUGGGGGAUAUUUCAAAGCAUAGGAGGCAGACGCCUAUGGUAGCGGCGAAGAGGUUUGAGGAGAGGUUUUUGAGGGAGAGAGAGGGUGAUCAGAAGGCUUGGGAGGAGAGGAUGAGGAGUGUGGGUGAAGAAGUUGGCCCGGACUCGGUGUUGAAUGUGGAGGGGUUGAAGAGGGCGGAGGAGGUGCAGAGGCUGUGGGAGAGGGGUCUUGAGGGACUGGCGGCGCUGAAGGGUGGGUUGCCGGAGACGAGAGCGAGGUUGGAAAGGUGUGGCGAGGUUGUCGUGGAACUGUUUUAAUGUGUUUGGGAUUCUGGGAGCGACUGGCGUAUUUGGCGUUGGGGGCAUACGUUCAAAGGGCAGGCAUUUCGUAGGGGUUUGAGGGGUGAUUUCAGUAAUCAACAUAUGUAUAAAAAGGCGGGUUCCUUGAAUCUUCUUUGCAUCUAGCGGUAGCAUAGU